AUGGCAUCAUCACCUACUUUGUCAAUUACAAUGUCCAUGCCAAUGUCCAUGUCCAUGUCCAUGUCAAUGCCAAUUAACAUUACCAAAGCAAACAUGUCAAAGAAAGUAUUGGACAAGAUAUCGGAUCAGAAGCUUAUAAAGAGAGGCUCUCCAUCGACCGAAGAGGAGAACAAAUAUACCAUCAAGAGAGUCGCUCUCGGUGACGUCACAAACAAGCCAACCACCUUCCAAACCAUCAAGCAGCAACAGCAACAACAACAACACACGUCUCAAAAGCAGCAUCUGCAACAAUCUCCAAAGAACUCCAAUCAGACAAUGGACAAUGAGAAUAAUAACCAGGAGAACCAGCGUCCUUUGGCCUCAAAGACCAUCCAUGUGGAUCAGGUUAAGCACCUUUCCAAUGGAUUGGCAGAGAACAUGCCAGAGAAUAUGAUCAAUAAUAAUAAUAGACAACAAGUGCCACAACAGAAGCCUCAACAGAUCACACAUAGUACACUGAUCACUCAGAGUACUAUGAUCAGGGGUAACAUCAACAUCAACAAUAGGAUGCAACAACAACAACAUCAACAACAACAAGUACCAACACUUACACCUAAUAUAAUAGUAUCGACACAUUCAUCAGUGUUGGCUCGUCCACAGAACCAACAACCACAACACCAACGUAUCCAACAACUUCAACAACAACAACAACUCCAGCAGCAGCAACAGCAACAACAACAACUCCACAUGGUGCAGCAACAACAACAACAAGCACACCAAUUAAGACUGCAGCAGCAACAACAACAACAGCAGCAGCAACAACAACAACAACUGCAACAACAACAACUACAACUUUAUAGACCAUUGGAGAUGCACGACUUCCACAGGAUGGUCUCACACCAUCUCUGGGGCGAGGAGUGGAACUCUGUUGUCCACGACAACAUUGAUCUGGAAGUUGUAGACGAUCCCAUAUACUGCGUAGAAUAUAUAACUGAAAUCCAUCAUCAUAGUCGAAUCAAUCAAUUAAAGUAUCAACCAAGGGAUUACAUGGCAAGUCAGACAGACAUUACACCUCACAUGAGAGCUCAAGUGAUCGAUUGGAUGGUGGAUGUCGUCUUUGAGCAUCGCUUGAAGAAUGAGACUAUAUUCAUGGCAACAAACUAUUUGGAUCGCUUUUUGUCAUUGUUCAUCGUCAAGAAGGAUCAGUUCCAGCUUUAUGGCGCCGCCUGCUUGUAUCUGGCAUUCAAGUACGAGGAGGUGCAGCCACCCUCGUCGCACGACAUCAUUGUGUCGGCUGGCGAGUACUUCACCAUGGACAGCUUGGUGGACGCCGAGGCCAAGGUGUUGCACGCACUCAAGUUCUGCCUCACGACGCCCACCGUCAAGUUCUUCCUCAGCCGCUAUCUGCGCGCGCUCGGUCCCAAUGCUGAUGCGCGCGUCUCGCUGCUGGCACACUUCUAUGGCGAGCUCUCUCUGCUCGACUACAACCUGGUCACCUUCCUCCCAUCGAUUGUUGCUGCCGCCUGUGUCUAUCUGGCACUGUUGACCACUGGCAACCCUUGGACCUCCACACUGGUCUACUACACGCGAGUCUACGUAGACAAUCCCUUUUUCAUCCAGUGUGUCCGACAGCUUUGGAUCCAGCACCGAUACAACCACGAGGAGUUGCAAUGCAUCAAGCGCAAGUACCAAGAUCACAUUCAAGGCAUUCCUCCUUUGGACAUGUUUCCCGCAUAA